GCAAAAAACAACAACGUUGACAAAGAAAAGAAAAAAAGAUAAAAUCAACCUCGAUGUACCGUACCAUCACAAGAAAUGUUGAAUUGCUUUAAGCCAGCUACCAACUACUGAUCGGUUGAUAUACCAAAGAAAACAGGGGGAAAAAAGCUGGGCCAACGGCUGGACCUCAAUAACAAGACAAUUGGCUCUACGUCUGCUGAGUAGGGGAAUGUUACGAGUGUAAAAACAGGCUGAGGGUGAAUCCGAAUAAAAAGAAAAAAAAAAUACCAACGGCCUAGACAAAAGCUCGACUCAUUCUUUCCCUCGUUUUUGCUGGAUCCCUAGGAUCGACAUCAUCGCGAUAGCAUCGGACAACAACAACAAAAAACACCAUAGAAAAAAAGAUAUUUUUGAUUUCCAAGGAUCAGCUGGGCGUACCCUUGGAUACGAUAGACUUAAAAGAAGAGGGGGGGAAAAGACGCUCGUGCAAGAGUGUCGUUGAACGAGAUUUGAAUGUCUCGCGGGAGAGGAUGGAAAGCGUCGCUGACGACAGUAGCGCAAUCGGCAAAGUCUUUGGACGUCGUUCCCUUCAGCUAUUGACUUUGCAACCGGCUGGUAGUGCCAGCGCACCAUCAUCGACUUCCUCCUCUUGUUCCUCAUCAUCCAAUUCAUCCUCUUCGUCUUUACAGUGUCAACACAGCGACGAAUCGACACCAACUGUCACCGUCGCUCAAGAACUUCAAAACUUGCUCAAGAUCGACACCCGGUGCAGGUCGACCGAGUACAACAACAACAACAGGUUGAUGACAAGCAGAUCUGAAGAUCGAGUGAUACACGAAAACAAUUCAAUCAUGUCUUCCUAUCACGGAGGAGAAGAGAUGUUAGCUUCCUCUACCGGCGUCCAUUCGAAUCGUGGACCGACCCGAUCCGAAGGCGAAGAGCCGACAGUUGCAUCUAAAAUGGGUCAACACGAUCAACAAGACGCCGACCUCACCAACAACAAUCAGAGAGACGUUCUGAUCCGUUCAUCGUAUCACCAUCAUCACAAUACGCAUCAUCACCAUCUUCAACAACAAGAGGAGCAACAACAACAACAACAUGAGGAUUCGUCCUACGUCAAAAAAGAGGAUCACCUCUUUUCAUCUUCGUGUCUCUAUACGGAAUCGUUGGCUGCAGCCGCAGCGGCGGUGGCGGCCGCAGCAGCUGCUGGUGUCAAACAAGAAGAUUUUCAUCAUCAUCACCACCACCAUCAGCAACAUCAACAACAACACGGAAACAAUAGCAGUAACUACGUCAAGUUGGAACAAUCUGCCGAGCAAUUGCAUCAAGCGCAACAACAACAACAGCAUCAACAACAAUCAACCGGGCAUGACAUUCACGCAAGUCUUUAUCAUUCCGCUUUAUACGCCGGGCCCGUCUACGGCUCCAGCAGCUCCGCAACGUCCGCAAUGAGUCACCAGACGGGCUAUGUCGAUUUCGGACGGCCUGAAUUGACCGACCAUUACUCGGCUUUACAAAAGUUAAGCUGCUCAUUCCCUCCGCCGAGUGGGCCUCCGCCAACGCUGGAUUGCGGACCCAUCAGCCGAGCGAGCUCGGCGGUACAGCAACAACAACAACUAUCAUCGACCGAUUGCUUGCAACAGCAAACGGCUACAACAAUCAACAACAGCGCAACGGGAAGCAGCAGCGGCUACCGGAUGAUGAGUCCGUCGGCUGCUGCAGCGGCCGCGGCCGCCGCAGUGGCAGCCAUGUCUACCCCGCUAUACGCCAUGUCAUCGUUGGGCUAUUCAGAUUGGGGCACGGCCAGCACGGGAGCCAUAACCUCUUCCUCAUCGGGAGCGGCACCGACAGUUGGCAGUGCCAACAGUUCCAGCGGUCAUCGGACCAGUUCCUCAUCAAAUUCAACGCCUCUAACCAAAGAUACAAACAAAUGUCCUACGCCAGGAUGCAGCGGCCAGGGUCACGUGACCGGACUUUACACCCAUCACCGCAGCCUAUCGGGGUGCCCCAGGAAGGAUAAAGUCACGCCGGAAAUUUUAGCGAUGCACGAAACUAUCGUCAAAUGCCCGACGCCAGGCUGCACAGGCCGUGGUCACGUUAGCAGCGGCCGGACAUCACACAGGAGUCUGUCUGGCUGUCCGCUGGCGGCUGCUGUUCGACAAAGUAACAGGAAUAGACAGCGCCUAUCACAACCCUCAUCCAGCAGCAGCAGUGCAUCGGCCAUCGCAACUUUGACAGUCAGUCACAAAAAUUCCGGCGGAAGCAAAAAUGGAAGCGCAGAUUUAACUUCAUCGAUUAUCAGCAAAUCAUUGACGUCCGCAAGCCAACAACAUAUGGGAGUUCAACUUGCGGCCACGCCCAGUCCAGUUAGUCCGCCCUACCCCCACCACCUCCAUCACCAACAUUCGCAUUUAAGCCAUUCGAUUCCGGCGGCCACCCAUCAACAAAAUCAGGCCCUCCAUCAGGUAUUGUCUAGUCGUAUCGGACUGAGCGGAUCAAACAACAAACGGAACAGCGACGGCCGGGGCAGUAGCGAUUGCAACGACAACCUGACAGGCGGCGGAUUGGGCGACUCGUCCUAUAGCGGAAUUUCGCAAACGCAUCCGCACAUCACCUCGGUCAACAACGCCAAAAAGAGCCGAAGAGCUAGCGAUUUGAUGAUGAUGGAUCACGUUAGUAGCGGCAGCCAUCAUCACCUGAAAUCAUCCGUCGACGGCAACAGUUCCUGCCGCUCCACUCCGCUGACGCCCCUCUCCUCAAAAUCCGGCGGAAGUCAAGACGGCAGUUCCAGUCCUGGAACCGGCGCUUCUCCUUCUUUGUUCCACCAACAAACGUCGUCCUUCCGAACACCUUCAGCCAUGAUGAGUGGCAUGAUGAUGGCCGGAAGUAGCGUCAACGAUCCAACAUCCGUAACGGCCUAUCAUCAAACUGCUCCGACGGCCUACUACCAGCAACCUUACUACCACCAUUUGUACCCUAAUCCGCACCAUCAACCCCACCACCACCACCAUCCUGGAUAUUAUCAAACCGCUCAUCAUCAUCACCACCACCAAGGAUGGACAACAGACUUCACGGCUGGACUGCACCAUCACCACCAUCCGGGAGCUUCCGUCGUUCCGUCAGUUCCCAUGGCCCUACCAUCCUCUGCUGUUAUAAGUAGCGCGACCACAAUAACCCCUGCAUCAGCAGCGGUAGCGACCGCCUAUCAGCAUUCGUUUCCCCUAACGCCCGACGGCAGUUGCGGCAAUCCGGCCGGAACGGCGGCUGGAGAAAACGUUACGGGUAGUAAUAGCGCUGGAGUAACGUCGUCUGCUAUGUACGAAACAAACGCGUUGCAAAGUAACAAGGGGAACAAUAAAGAUUCUAUGGGAUCCGAGGAUCACAAUCAGCAACAACAACGGCAACAAGAUUCUUACAGCACCAUUCAAGCAGACGGCGUGACUGCAGUGGAUAAUGGCCAAGGCUUGAUCCAGCAACAAUCAGAAAGCGGUGACCACCACGCCCCAUCUUAUUACACAAAUGUCGGAAAUGCAUUUACACCGUGCAGUACAGCCAUCAACUUAUCGGUGAAAUGCAGUUUAGAAGCGCCUCCAUCGACAAUCACAGGAUCGGAAAAUGGGGACUACAACGGGCCGAAUAGCAGCGACCCCUAUACGAUCACCGUCCAGCAACACAAAGAGACAAAAUUGAACAGCAGUUUACAGCCAGAAGAGCAAACUGACCCGUUAGAUUUUUCCUGCGGAGGUGGAUCGAAUAGCGACGAAUUGAUCCAGCAACAGCAACACAGCGAAAACGCGGACGUCUACAAUGGCGACACAGCAUCGGCUGCAGCAGCCAAAGCAGCGGCACAUUCCUACGCUUUCGGACGGCCGUUACACGCCGAUUAUUCUGCCGCCGAACGCUCUUUCUAUUACCGCGACACGUUGGGCUACAAUGGAUCUCAAACUGCCGUGUCUUAUAACGGUUAUGGAAGCUCUAAUGGGCCCGAUCCCGCAGCCUAUCAAUGUUCCAGUUUCGCUAACGGUAACGACACCAAUUUCCAAUACGGCGGAAGUCCUGUGGCAACACCAGCGUCACCAAUGCUAACGUCUGCCUGUUACACGCAUCCAGCAAGGGUAGGGGCCACCGCUGGAUCGACAACGGCAUCCCUGAUUUUCGGUGUUUCGUCGUCGGCUCAUGAUAAAUCCAGCGAUUCGUCGUCGCUCUGCAUCCUACGAGGUGGAUCAUCAGAAAACGGGAAAAUGGCAAUGUUGGCAGCCAAUGCAGCAACAGCUACCGGUAUGACGCAAAAUCAAGAAUUAAAAUGUCCAACGCUUGGAUGUGAUGGUUCGGGUCACACGACGGGAAACUACGCCACCCACCGCACCCUGUCAGGUUGUCCACGGGCCAGCACCACCGGAACAAAUAGCAGAUCAAGGACUAGCACUAGGGACACGAGCACCGAGCCGUUACGGUGAGGCAAAUUGUUUUGUUUUCGUAAAUUUCGAUUUAAAAAAAUAUUCAAGUCGAAAUUUACAAAUCCAAUUUCCAUAGCCUCGAAUAGUUGUUUUCUUAACUUUGAACAGGUGAUUGCGUUAUCGACAGAUGGCUAUAACCAGGUGAUACAUCAUUCACUAUACCAUUCCCCGCAAUUACCCGCCGAGUUCCCAUCCACAUGCGAUAACCUGCUGUUCCUCGUGCGCGAAAAAUGACUUUCCGUCCUUGUGAUGCCAUCUAGCGACCGCUGUUCAAUGUGGAUCAUGGUGACAAAACCUCAAAGUGGGUUACGGAAAACCACGUAAGAAAGUCGAACAAAAAACUUUCGCGCCCAACAAUCGACAAAAGCGCAUUCGAUCGACAAAAAGAGAAACGCAAAUAAUGAAAACGAAAGAUAUGGCAGGUGAAUGAUUGGUUACGGAUGAAUAGGGGCUUGCAAAUGUACAAAAGAAAUGAAAACUGGUAUUUCCACAUCUUCAGUUGCUCCACGACAACCACGCCAUUAUUCAGUAGACGACAAAGCGAAGUGUGUACGUAUACAAAACAGUCCUCUCUCCCCUCAUCCCCAAGAAAGAAAAGAGAAAAAAAAAACAGCCAAACUCGAGAAAUACUCGGGCCAACAACAACAACCAAUAUAUACUUUUAUGGACAUUAUCGUCCGAAAUGUCAACCUUUGUUUGCAUGCAUUACCACACCAAAACAUAAACACGACCAACAAGGUGUUUUGGGCCGGGUCGACAUUACUCAGGCUUCAUUUCCAGCUUGUUUCAAAGAUAAUUGCGUUCACCACUUCACACGCAUAGACCGGCUGUCCAUUGUCAAUUCAUCCGAGCCCACUUGAAAAGUCAAUCUUUUAUCUAAUAAAACGUGCGUUUUUCAGGCUGUUGAUGCAAAAAAGAAAAUCUUUCACUUGUUUCUUUGUUUUGUGCAUAAUCAACACACCAGUUACAAUUAUAUCUUGUACACAAACAGAUAUUUAUAUACCCCAAAACAUUCUGUCAAUUGUCGUCACUCUCAAAAUGUUGUUAUUCGUGUUACAUGGCCAAACAAUCUAUCACUAGCUAGUCAUUAACUUUUGAACAACCCAUUUGUUUGAUUUCCUACUCCUAGAAUUUCUAGUCACAAAUUCGAUUUAGUCCUAAAACGACGUCAUUUGCUUUCAGUCACCUUCCCAACAAAUGUAAAAUAAAAGCACCAAAACUAUUGAAUGACCUUCAACCAACAGAACUGAACGUGUUGGACAAAAGAAAAAGAAAAUAAGCAAAAAAAAAAAAAAAAAUGGCAAACGUGAAAAUUUUCUCCGGUGAAAUGUGUUACUUGUAUCUGGGGGCAUUUUCAAGCGAUAGAAUCGCUAUUCAUUUUUUUACGUCCCUUAACCUCAACGAUGUUUUAAUGGAAAUUUAAAAGUGUGAUUAUGUUUUAGUUUUUUUUUACCUGUGAUGAUCUAUGUAUGCUAUCUGUGUUUUGGAGGGAAACUGAAAUGGCUGAUGUUCCUCCCCCUUCCCACCGAACUAAUAAAUCUGUGGCACGUGUAACGUCAUUCUGUUCUGGUUGAUAGGUGUCCAUUCCCAGCCGAAAGCAAAAUAUUCAAACAUUCAAUUGUUUUUCCUUCGAUUUUUUUUUGUCUGUUUGUUUCUACUUCCCCAAACACAAACGAUUUGGCGUACAUGCGGUUUACCUGUUAUUAAACGGCUCUCCCUUUUUCACCCCUUGAUUCAGUUUACGCGAAACAAAAAGAAAAAAGAUGUCGGAAAAAUUACGACCUUUGUUCGGUGUGUUAACCUUGUUGUGUCUUGUUUACGUUAUGGUUCGAAUGGUGUUCUUUCUUUUGUCUCUACAAAAAUUGAUCUCUGGUUCUUGACGUUCGAAACACAUAGGCUUCGGGUUCACUUAAUCAAGUUUAUGUGUGAAAGAAUGAAAAUAAACGUUACUGAGUUUCCUCAAAA